AUGAAGCCGGUACUUGCCCUUUUUUCAGAAUUAGAUGAAAAAUCUUUGCUCCAGUUAUACAAACGAAUGAAUAAUAUUUCUGUUGAAAUAAAUCGUUCAGAUAAAAAUGAUGUAUCACCAUUGCAUGCAACUGCCGCUUGCAAAGCUCUAACAAUUGCUAAAAUUCGUGUUGACUAUGAUGUGAAUGUAAACGUAGUUGAUAAUUAUAAUUUAACUCCUUUACACUAUGCCUGUCAUCGUGCAACAUUUGAUAUUGUUAAUACUUUACUUCAAGCCGGUUCAGAUUCUUUUAAAAAGGAUAUGAACGGAAUGACACCAAUUGAAUGCGAAAUAUUUAGAAAUUAUUUCUAUACUGCAUAA